CUUCCGCGAUUGGCAAAUCCAUCAUUCUGGUCGAAGCUCACUCCAAAAGCAUGGCGCAAGACCCGCACGCCUAGAGAAGCUGCGGCACACGCUGCGGAACGAGCUUUGGGAGCAGACGAUCGACGGGCAGGCAUCGUGUUUUUGGUGCUCGGUAUCGUUGUCGGAUCAAACGCCAUACAUCUCCUCAACGUCAAACGCGAGAUGCUUAAUUUCAGCCGCCAGACCGACGCCAAAAUCGCAGCUUUGAGAGAGGUCAUCCAGCGGGUGAAGAACGGAGAAGAUGUUGAUGUCAAGAGAAUACUAGGCACAGGCGAUGCUGGGCAUGAACAGGAGUGGGAGCAGGUCAUUCAGGAACUCGAAACAACCGACAUGCUGUGGGAAGGACGGAAGAAACGGGAGGCCAAACGA